UAACUUAACUCCCGUCCCCAACACCAAAAACCCAGUCUUAUUUGGUGCCUCUCGCUCUCUUUUCCACUCACUUCCUUCAUCCUUUUCCCCCCUCCCCCUCCUCUCCACGCUUCCCGCCACUGCUCCCUGUCACCUCUGACAUAUUUCGACAUCAAAAGACCCCCCACUCGUGAUUUUGUCCUCAACUCGUCAAUAUCCCCUCCCUGGGAAAUACAUCUAGUUCGACACUAUCGCCGUCUAUACUAUCUAGGCCUCGUUUCUGUACCAACGCUAGUCAUCGUGUCGUGCUUAUCUGCGCGAAUACCCGAUACGACCAAUAGUUGAACUCUUCGCAGGCAGAUGCGCCAGAGCAUCCCGCCGCCAUAAUGCCUGGAAUUCUCCCCAUGAAAGUGAUCAAGGUCGGCAACAGCGCCCAGAGUCGUAUUGCCCAGGCCUGUGAUCGAUGCCGAAGCAAGAAGAUCCGUUGUGACGGUGUCCGACCAUGCUGUACUCAAUGCGCCAACGUUGGCUUCGAGUGCAAAACGAGCGAUAAAUUGAGUCGUCGCGCUUUCCCUCGCGGCUACACCGAAUCGUUGGAAGAACGAGUACGCGCGCUCGAGUCGGAAGUACGGGAUCUUAAAAACCUGCUGGAUGAGAAGGACGAAAAGAUAGAUGUGCUCUCUCGAAUCCACUCCUUCUCAACCUCGUCACAAGCAAAGGCCAAUGCUACGGCCCGAUCACCGUCAGCACCGGUGAAGCACAACCAACCCGCUGUCGAGGAAGCAGUAAUCCGAGUUCGUCAAUUAUCCCAGUCGCAGGACGCAAAUGAACACACCGUCUGCGCGGGUGUCUCGAGCACUCAAGGUUAUGUUGACGCCUUUGUCAACAAGCUUUCCGACCAAAACCGACUUCCUCCGAACUUCUCGAUCAAGGCGCUGACUGCGGCUCCUCCUUCCAUAUCCCGCUCACGUAUUGAUCAAACGUUGAAAACGCCGCCUCGGCUUGUCUCGGAUCAACUUAUCAACAUCUUUUUUCAGGAAUGGGCCCCUCUAUAUCCGGUUGUCCAUCGCCCUACCAUCCUCAAGGCCUACGAGCAGUAUUUGUCAAGCACAGAGUCGUUACGCGAUAACAAACACAACCUCACCCAGCUGAACCUGAUUUUUGGAAUAGCUGCCCUUGCUUCUGCCUCGAGGACCAACCAAGACCCCGCGUUCUUUGAGGAUAAUUGGUCACCGAUGCUCGAGUCCAUCUCCAACGACAUUUCUAUCCACACCCUGCAAUGCUAUGUCCUUGCCCAAAUGUACUGUAUGGCAAAGGGCGACUAUUCGAGCCUUGGGUUAUAUAGAGGAUCCGCUGUCAACCUUUGUCAUCAAUUGAGACUUCACCAGAGCCAGAAACGCUUCGCUGCGAACCCCCUUGUGGCGGAGACGCGGAAAAAGGUAUUCUGGUGUCAAUACGUCCUUGAUCGGUUCACUGCGGCCUUGACCGGUCUUCCUGUCGUUCUACGCGAGCAGGAUAUCCAAAUCGAAUACCCCGAGGAUAUCGAUGAUGAGAACGUCACUGAAACAGGCUUCCUGCCCACGCUUCCUGGCGAGACGACUCGCAUUUCUAGCUCGAUUGCGUUGUUUGCAGCUUCGAGAGUGCUGAACAAAGCUCUGGAGGAUGUUUAUCCUGGCGAUGGCGAUUACGAUAUCUCCUUGCCCAAGAUGCGCUUGGUCGCAGAGCAGCUUGAUGAAUGGGUCAAGGGUCUGCCCACUCAUCUUCGCCUUGAGUUCACACAGGACAAACCCAGCACGAAUGUCACGAGCAGUCGAUCGCCGCUUCUGUCGCUUGUCUAUUAUUUCAUCCGCUCUUUGAUCCAUCGGCCUGCUGUUUGCUUCGGAGAAGACUGCGUUCGAUCGCCUUCGCUCCUCGUCAUCUCUGAUUCAGCCAAGCAUAUAAUCCAGAUCUUACAGUUACUCGACGAGCGACGCCUGUGCCUUUCUCUCAGCUUCAACCGGAAAGAGCUGAUCUUCGCUACUGGCCUCAAUUUCCUGUGGCAGAAUUUGAACUUGAAACACGAUAGCAAACUUGCGAAGGAGAGCCAGAAGUGGAUCACAACUGUCGUUGAUCAGCUGGAAACCGAGUCGUCCCCUGUCGCUGCGGAGUUCAACGCACUGGCCCGUGUUAUGGUAUCCCUGGAUAACCACAAGCACGGCUCUUCGAUUGGACCUUUGGACAUGUCCCCUCCAGCUCAGAAACCCCUGAAGUCUCCUAAGAAACAGCUUCAGUCUUGGAAAGCACGCUUGACUGGUCACUCGAGUCCGUCGCAUACAGAACAGCAGGAUUCUCCAUCUCGACGUGCCACAAUCUCUGGCGCGAGUGCUCAUCCCAACGCACGCCAUAUCCGAUCCUCUAGCUGGGCAAGUCUACCUUUGGACAGUGUACAUGCGUCUCAGAUGCUUACCGAGAAGGCCUACCAUCGGUCUUCUUCUAUGGCUUUCGACAGCAGUCACGCUCUGUCCAGCUCUGCGCCUUCGGAUGCGGCUGCAGGCCCCAUCACAGUGUCGGACUGGGAGUUCGUUCUGAGCGACAUGGAUCGGGGCUAUUCGAAUAUUUUUACCGGAAUUUAUGGAGGGAGAGAAUGUGGCGAGGAUAGCGGACCGUUCGCUUCCAUCACUGCCGAAUAUGCUCACAAGCCCGACCACAAUACAACGUCGCGUAGCGAGCUGCAAGGAUUGUCGCCAGCGGCGUGGUCCGCUAGUAGCAACAGCGAUUUGCAACAGGGUCAGGAGGCUGUGGCGCAGAGCGUUCUCAGCUACUCCGACGAGAGCAUGGCAAGUCCGGGCGAUGGGAUUCCUUACCACGAUGUACACUUGUCGCCUGAGGAGCAUGUCAACCUUCUGGAUCCAUUCCAUGGUAUCAUGGUUCCUGGUGUGGAUGACGAAGUCCACGAUUUCGGGCUUAUCAAUGGUUGGGAUCGACGGCUGGCCGUUUGAUCUGUUCCUGGCGUAGGGCCACCGCUGUUACGAUUUCUAUGAAUGAUUCUGUUAUGCUUUAUGGUUCUCAAGCGGGGUGCGCUAAUGGGAGUCACCUGUAUAUAGUGGUUGGACUUUUUCUUUUGUUUUUUUUUUUUUUUCGUUUGGUGAUACCUGG